CCAGUUUUCCUGCUCUUUUGGUCGAUUUGAUUGAUUUCCCGGAAGGAAAAGUGAGUGGUUCUGGUUCUCGGUCAUCAAGGUGCAAGCCUGGUGUUGCCUCGAGUCGAAGGUCACUUUAUGUCAUAGAAUCUUUGCAAACUCUUUUGAAAUCACUUGUCAGGUCCAUUCAUUCUAUUUGAAUUACCUACUAGGUUUGGAAAAUACUUACAAGCAACUCCUCAUUCUUCGGCAGCCUGAUAACAUAGCGAAGAGCCCUGCCAAUGUGUCUAUUUGAGAGUAUGCAUCGUCUCGACAGUGUGCUUUGUUUCUCAACAGUUUCCAGUGCAUUGAUGUGUUUACUUUAGCAAAUAUGACUUCUAAGUGCUCUGUGAAAGCCUCUUAUGGCUAUUCAAAUUCAGAUCAACAAACAAGGCACACAAAGAAAUUGCUUAAUGAAGACAGAUUCUUCAGCCCCCCUUCUUCAGAAAGGCGCCCUGAUGACUCUAGUGAGCCAUCGAUGGAAUCAAUUGAAGAAGAGAUGGCCAGAGUGUGUGGGGAAAGGGUUGACAGUCCAAUCCCUAGUCCGGUCCCACUGAAGGAUUCUCCCCCUCCCAAGCCUUGUCCUAUUAAUCUUCCAAUGCCCACUCCUCAGCCUGAUUCUUUGGAAACGAAGAAGGCAGUGUCAGGCAGAAUAAAACCAGUGCCUCCCGAUGUUCCAAAUGGUCAAACAGUGCCUAAUUGGCAUUUGCUUCGAUUGAAACAUGAAUCCGAUCUUCAGAGAAAAAUGAAGAGACUGGAAGAGGAGGAAGGUCCAGAGAAAAGAGCCAGAUUGGAAAAACGAUUCCUAGAACUUUUUGGACCGGAUGAGUUAGUAGUAGUCGGCUCACCUAAUGGAAUUAUUCCAGAAAAAAAAGAUAAAGAUGCCAUAGCUGCUCUAACUGUCAAACAUCUUAUGCCAUUGUACAAGAAACAGAAAAUAGCCUCAAAGGACCUUUUCAAAAAGUUAGCAAAGCACAUUUCUGCCAAAUUGAUGGAAAAUCAGAAUAAUCCAGAUGAGAAGGAUGUGCAACUUAUAGUGCAAGAAUAUUUUCAAAAUGGAAAAUGUGUUUCAACUGAAGCUGAUAUCACCAUAUGAUACACAUUGCAAUUUCAGUCCUCAACUGUAAGCUAUCAAGUUCCAUACAAAGUAUUGAAUAUGCAUUUGCUAAUUAUGUUCCCAUGUUUCACCAUGUACAAUUAGUGUUAAUAUUAUUAUUAAAUCAAUUUGUUCAACUCCUGUAGUAACUCACAGAAAAUUUUAAAUGUGUCCACAUUUCUUGCCAAUGCCCAAGGAGACGAAGUAAAUGAAAGAAUGGUGGUUCAAAA